ACGCGGAGUUUUCCAGAUUUUGAAAGUUAAAAUGAUUUUUGAUCGGUGACGUCAUUUGGCAAGAAAGCAGAAGAGCAGGAGGAAGAUGUUCAAGAGGAAGUUAAGUGCGUUGGGAUUUCAUAAAACUGACGACUUCGAUGUAAAUUCCUCUACAGAUUUACAAAGUCUUGUUGUAUGGUUAGAAGAUCAGAAAAUUAGGCAUUAUAAAAUUGAAGAAAGAGAAUGUCUUCGAAAUAUUGGAAAUACCAAUUGGAAAGAAAGCUUUUCAAAGUAUCUGAAUGAUGUAGGAUGUCCAUUUAACCAUGAUGAUACAGCUGCUGUUAUUGAUUGGCUUCUUGGAUUAGCUGUUCGUUUGGAUUAUGGUGACAACAGAGAAAAAUAUAAAGACGCUACUUCAGAAAAUAUUAAAAAUAAAAUAAAUGCUCCUGUGGUAGUACAGAAGAAUCCUUUAGACAAUCUAGAUUUUGAUAGUCCAGAAUUUAAAGCUGGAGUUGCAUCAUUGGCUUCAUUAUUAAAUAUUACUCAACACCCUAAUCAUUUAAUUACAUUAAAAGUAAGUUUUGUUUUAAUCUAGAGUCGUUUAUCUGAAAGUCAGUUAUCCAAAAGACAGAAACCUGUGGGUAAACCAUUUCCAUUACAAGAAAGUGAUCUUGGAUUUGAUACUGGAGAUUAUGUCCUCAAUCAUGCAGCCAAAAUUUUACGGCUGCUCUACAUUAACGAUCUAAGAGAUUUACAAACUCGAAUCAAUGAAGCUUUAGUAGCUGUGCAAACUGUAACUGCAAAUCCAAAAACAGAUACUCGGCUUGGAAAAGUAGGAAGAUAAACUUUAAAGUUGAAAA